AUGGCGUUUAAUGAUUGCUUUAGUUUGAACUAUCCUGGCAACCCCCAGCCAGGGGAUUUGAUCGAAGUGUUUCGUCCUGGCUAUCAGCACUGGGCCCUUUACUUGGGUGAUGGUUAUGUUAUCAACAUAGCACCUCUAGAGGAUGGCAUUCGUGCAUCAUUUAUAAGCGCCAAGUCUGUAUUCAGCAGAAAGGCCCUGGUGAAGAUGCAACUUUUGAAAGAUGUUGCAGGAAAUGACACAUACAGAAUAAACAAUAAAUACGAUGAAACAUACCCUCCUCUCCCCAUAGAAGAAGUCAUGCAACGGUCAGAGUUCGUUAUUGGACAGGAGGUGAAAUACAACACACUAAUCAACAACUGUGAGCAUUUUGUGACUUGGCUUCGCUAUGGAGAAGGCGUUUCAGAGCAGGCCAACCGAGUAAUAAGUACCAUUGGGUUUGUGACAGCUGCUGCUGGUGCCUUCUCAUUUUUGGGCUUGUUUCCAAAAAAACAAAGAGCAAAACACUAUUUACUGAAGAGGUAUUGGAACUGA